AUGUCAGGACGGGAGUCCUCAAUGUCUGAAAAUGAACAUAGACGGAGCGAUGAUCCCAGUUGCCACUAUAUGGGAUGCUCUUGCUCUCUUCUACACAAUCAACAUUGCCAAACCUUCAAAGUCUUUGAUUUUUCUCGAUCAGCAGGAGAAAUGGUUAUUUCAACAUUUAAACCAGUUGGUGAAGUGGAUAUUGAUUUUAGAGCCAACAGCUCAGAAUCCGCCCCAGAACCUGCAAAUCAACGACAAAACAUGGCUGACAAUAAUAAAUGUGGCAUGAAAAUCAAAGUGCCAGAAAAUCAUAAGGAUCUCGUUCAGAGUGUCGCUAAUAGGGAAGGUGAAUACCAAAAGACAAAUAUUAAAUAUGCGUCAGGAAAUCGAUUUAAUACACCAUCAUCUCUUUCCUUGGGAUGCGAGUGGGAAUUUGGAAGAGAAUCAAGAGCCCUGGCAGUAUGGGAAUUGUGCCAAAAUGAACAUAUUUUUCCAUCUAGCAUUACAGAGACGCGAGCUACCAAUCAGAACUUGUGCAAUAACAAUAUUGACAUAAAAGGUGAAAGCUCCUUGCUUGAAUUGCAGAAUGACCAUGAAAUACAGCACACCCAGGAUCUGCCCUCACUUCUUAGAGUAUUGAAGAAUAAACAACCAUAUCGCGAUGAGUCAAACAAAAAUGUCUUGGCUGAAGUUGAGAUUCAACUCAUCACUGAUAUGUAUGGCAUUACUGAUUUUUGUCUUGUGCUUGCAUGUGAGGAUUCAGUCUUUUGGCUAGAAGACUUUAGUAGUGGUGCCAUUUAUUUUUGGUCUCGCAUAGAUGAUACCAUGAUACGCGGAGGAGAUAAUUUGGAAGAAGCUUUAAUAAAUUAUCUUUAUCAUCAAGAUAAUCUUUAUUAUGUCGAUGAGAAUACUUUCAAGUUGAUACCAAUACAUGCAUUUGAUAAAGAAGCUGAGGAAUGGGCAAAAUCACCCGAGGCUUAUCUUGAUAUUGAUGUAAUUAAGGCAUCACUAAAGCAUGAAUUGAAUUCAAUAGGUGAAAAAAAGAAGCACCAAAAAAAACAAAAAAAGAAAAAGAGUAAAAAGAAGCAUUAA